UGUAAGGUGAAAGGUCUUUGAACUGUAGUUUAGUGGUCUACUACUGUCUGCUGCAGAUGUUUAUAUGCAUUCUUAAUCUCCAUUACUUCUUAACUGACCAAUGAAAGCUUGAGGUUUAAUGCAGGUGUAUUAGAUGGAAUUUCUUUAGUAUUCAAAUUAAUCAUUAGGUUUUUCUAUAAGCAUGAGGAACUGUAAUUGAUUUCUACUUUUACAUCAAUUCUAUACAAUUUAUUCAGGAAGUUUAUUGAUUCAGAAAUCCCUGCUUGCAGUAAGUUAGUUCUACUUGAUCAUUGUCUAAAUCUGGGCUUGAGUUUUUCUGCAGUUGCUGGAGUGGUGGUUUCUCAUUCAUGUGGAACGAUGUAGGAUGUUUAUAGAGAGCCAAUAUGAGAUUAGUAGAUGAAGAAGUGUAUCAUUUGAGUGCAACAAAGAUGCGUUUUGCAUUGCGAAUCACCAACUCUUCCGGCUGAGAGUAUUCACCCCAUUUGCAACAGUGAGGGCAGUGUGCUUCAUUCGUGUUGAAGAAGAUGAGGAGAGCGGCAAUGGCGGUAGUGCAAAGGGGUUUGGUUUAAAUGGUCAGAUCAGUUUUGUUGCGUCGCAAAUGUCUGACAGAUGUGACGGAGAUCAGGGUUUUGGACAACGAAUCUGAACCGUCCAAGAUCGGGGCACGUGCAAUUCUCGAUAGCCGGAUCUAAUUUUGGAACUGUUACGGGAUCGAGAACGGGCGAGGCGGCCUGAGAAGACUCGUGCCGCUUCAUCGGGAGCCUUCCAAAACCUAUCUGCCCUCGCAACGAAACUUCUUCCAUGGAGUUCGCCUCCGCUGUCCUUCUUCCCGCCCCGCUCGCCUCGCUCUCCGCCGCUGCCGCCACUAUCGCGGUUCCGAUUUCGAUCGCAGUCACCACUCCCACCACAGCUUGCUGAAUCGUCUGGCUGCGAGGCAGGAAUCCGAUCCAGAUCCCGAGCUCCUCUUCUUGGGGGUCUCCUUUUCCACCUACGAGAAGACCUUAAUCGAAUUGAAAGAACAGGAUGACGCCGUCUUUAUUGCUGAUGAAUCCGGCCCUUUCGUGGACCGACACAGAGGCAACGGCGGCGCUGAGGUUUAAUGUCAAGUCUUUCUGUCCUCCAGCCGGUGCCUGCUACUGGGCUAGAAGAUGGAGAUCUCCGAUAUCAGCUAUGAUUCCAAAUAUUCAUCUUCCAAUGCGCAGCCUAGAAGUUAAAAACAGGACAUCAGUUGAUGACAUUAAAAGCUUGCGAUUGAUCACAGCCGUCAAGACCCCAUAUUUGCCUGAUGGGAGAUUUGACCUUGAAGCUUAUGACUCCCUUAUCCACAUGCAAAUCAUCAAUGGUGCUGAAGGUGUCAUAGUUGGGGGCACCACUGGAGAAGGCCAUUUAAUGAGCUGGGAUGAACAUAUCAUGCUCAUUGGUCACACUGUCAACUGCUUUGGUACCUCAAUAAGAGUUAUCGGGAACACUGGAAGUAACUCAACAGGAGAAGCAAUCCAUGCAACUGAACAAGGUUUUGCUGUAGGGAUGCAUGCAGCUCUUCAUAUCAAUCCUUAUUAUGGGAAGACAUCCUUGGAGGGAAUGGUCUCACAUUUUGAGGCAGUUCUUUCUAUGGGCCCAACUAUCAUAUAUAAUGUGCCCUCAAGGACUGGACAGGAUAUUCCACCCUCGGUGAUACACACGAUCUCGCAGAAUCCUAACAUGGCAGGUGUCAAGGAGUGCAUGGGAAAUGAUAGGAUCAAAGGUUAUGUAGAUAAAGGGAUUGUGAUAUGGAGUGGGAAUGAUGACGAAUGUCAUGAUUCUAGGUGGGCAUUUGGAGCAACUGGAGUCAUAUCUGUUGCUAGCAAUCUUGUUCCAGGGUUGAUGCAUGAGCUCAUGUUUCAAGGGAAAAAUCCUUCAUUGAACGCAAAGCUGAUGCCUCUGAUCAAAUGGCUGUUCCAGGAGCCGAAUCCCAUCGGCCUUAACACUGCCCUUGCGCAGCUGGGAGUAAUUAGGCCUGUGUUCAGGUUGCCCUAUGUCCCUCUUCCUCGUGCAAGGAGACGUGAAUUUGUACGCAUCGUGGAGUCGCUUGGUCGUGAGAAUUUCAUUGGCGAAAAAGAUGUUGAGUUUCUUGAUGAAGACGACUUUAUACUGGUAGGCAGGUACUGACAAUACAUGGUCCAUUAUCUCAAGUUUCUUCCCUUAUAGUAUGUAAGCCAUUAAUGGAGUAAAACUCUAUGAUCUAUGAUCAGAAAGCAAAUAAUCUAGCUGUCGUGCUUGUCAAAGUUUUCAUAUGGUAUAUAUAUAGUUGAUUUGAGGUUCU